CUUGAUUCAUUCCAAUCGUUUGUUUAUCGAACUUGUUUCAUUUUGAAGAAUACACAAUUUACCAGAAUAUUUUCGCGUUAUCGUGAAGAAUCUUUUCCUGGUUAAAUAUUAGAAAGUGUACAAUAUAUUUCCUCGUCAGCGGUUUUUCUCUUACUCCAAUCGAAGAAUCUCGCUACGUGGAACAUGAGCGCAAAUUUGUGGCCAUCCUGUAGAUUCCUGUUCUUUUUUUACUUGUGUCUUUUUACACUUUCCUUUAUUCCGCUCAUUACUUGCAUUACUGCUUCAAUUACUACUUCUAAAUGCAAAACAAGAAACGUCGGACCGAGAUGAUUAAGCGAACCUUGGCAAAGUUUAAUUAACAAAUUUGCUCGUUUGAAACGUACUUUUUUCCGCAUUUACAACAAAUGAGUGCACCAAUGUUCAAACGAGCUUGGAGAGAAAGAAGAAAGGAAAAAAGAAACGGCGACUGAAGAUGAAGAGCCAGCUGUAAGAUUUUUUUUUCAACGUCCAUCAUUUAUGCAAUCGCCUUUUGUAGAUCUUCUAAGAGGGGGCACCUCUCUUGCAGACCCCAGGAAUGGCGUGCAUAAUAAACUAAUACGGCACUGCGACCAGUACAAAAUGGUCGACGUGCCUUGGUCGUGUCGUUGACGGUGGGCCUGCGUUACCAGCACCAGCCCGUGCUAUUGAACCGAGUCCCGUAUCGGAGACGAGACGGAGUAAAUAACGCCCGUGAAACGUGCGCGGACGCAGCUAAAUGGCGCGAUAGAACCGCACCGCCUCUCUCCGGGGUGAGACUUCUCCGACUGUUUGCAGUCUACGUGCGGUCGUCGAGGAAGAUCGAGAACGAGCGAGGGACGUGAGGAGCGAUGGAGAAGCGGCAGGAGGUGCUCGCCCCGUUUUCCUCCGACGAGUGUCCGAACAGCGGCGAGGAUAGCGAGGAGGAUGUAAUAACCGAUUACCUUGGCUCAUCGCACUCCGACUGCGAUCGCGUACCACCAAUCAUUAAUGGAGAUCUGCGCGGCCUGAGUUUGCACGGCAGCAUAGUCACGGGGAUUGGCUACAUCACCAAAGACAAUACCGAUAAAGCGUCGAUCGUCAUGUCCGAGAGCGGCGAGGAACAGCAGUACCAGCGGCAGCAACAACAGCAGCAACAACAUCCGUUGCUCGCACUCGGCACUAAUAUACAAACCCAGCCUAAUCCUCUGGUACCCAUCAUUAGCGUCACACCGCAUUCACCUGGUCUGGCGAAGAACUAUCCGGUUCUAGAAGAGAACUUGCAACAGCUGCACGAGAUCCACGAUUGCAUUCAGCGUAUGCGAGACCUUACGUUGGGCACCUUGGGGUACCACAUUCGCGUGUCCAACAACUCCGACGCUCCGCAAAGAUUGACUUCCUCCUGCCCGUCCCUGUGUCCGCUGAUCACCGCCGAGCUCGCGUCUCGUUCCGGUAACAAUCAUCACCAUGACACUGGAUCCGAUCCAGAUCUCUUUCUCGCCAAUUGCUCCACCAACAGUUCCCCGACGCAUUUCCCGACGGCGGGCAGUCGCGCCCGCACGCAACAGUCGCAGAGUAUAGACAGGCGACGCAGCUGGACCGGAGAUCUGGAAGAUCUGGAGGAGAGCCGGCGUGGUAACCGUCGAUAUUCUCAGAAUCAUCUGCAGGCCCAAAAUAUGGUUAAUAUCGUCCGUUUUUUGUUGAAACCAGGGCACGAUCCGAUCUCGCGACAACGCAGCAUUAGUUUAAGUAGCCUAGACAGCGAAAACGAGCUAGAAUUAGAUGGAAAACCGUGUGCUGGACCGGUAAGCGUAGGCAAUCGGGCAUGCAGGUCACAAACGAGCACUCACUCGCUGAACGAAGCUGAUCUUGUACAGAGUGAAUAUCAGAAGAUAGUCACAAAGAGGGGUAGUCAGAGAUUAGCAGAAAGUAGCAGUUUAAUGCCAGGACUGACUGGUUCGCGUUUACCUCUUCAGAAAUCCAUAUCGACGCCCUCGAUCGUUACACCGCAAGUUCACGCACAUUUAGCCGAAACCGGAACUCGGACGACGCCUUCACUCGCAGCCCGUGAAAGAAACGAAAAGGGUAGCGGGAGUGAGACAGAAACUGAGGAUCUUCAUACAUCACACAGCCACGAAUUCCACGAAGAACGGGAGGGCACUCCGAGUGUCCAGAUAUGCCUUGACGAGCUUUUGACCGAUGGUACUGCAUACGAUGAUCAUCAUUCCGAAAAGACUAGAAGGAAGCGCGGUUCCAUCUUCUUUCGCAAAAAGAAGGAUAAAAGCGGCAAAAAGAGUCAUCUGUGGGUAACGUUGACGAUAGGCUCUCAAGGAAGCCUACUGUGUGACGUUUGUAUGAAACAUUCGACGAAUAAGCCGCUCCUUCAUUGCGAUAUUUGCGGAGCAUCCGUUCAUCAAAGCCAAAGCUGCAAGGAUCAAUUGAUGCUGGAAUGCAUCAAGUCUAAACAUCACUCCAGCAAAUCCACAUCAAAAUCUUUAUCGAGCGUUUCCACAAUUUCAAGUAAUAACAGCAUUAACAAACGUGGUUCCACAACAUCGUUGCCUCUGCCAGCGUCAUCCGGAAGCGGAAGGGAAAUUAACAGCCACAAGAAAACCAUGUCAAGCUACAGCCCUUGGCGGCGAGUCGCUACUAAGCUUGGAGUCAAUCAAACGAUAAACGAAGAGAAAGAUGGCGAGGGCGGGCAACAUCGUGAUCUUCCCAGUGGAUGGGAAGAAUUUGAUUUCGGUGAUGACGUUCAUCAAUUCACCGUAGACGAUCUCGACGAUAUAGAUCCCGACUUAACGUUGGGAAAGGAAGAACACGAUUCCUGGAGCUCCGCGAUCGGCCGUAACAUUGCUCUGCGCCUCGUCGAUCAUUGCGAGCGCGAGGUGAAAAGACAGGAACAUAUAUAUGAGUUCGUGCUCACGGAGAAACACCAUUGCUUGGUGCUGCUCGCGAUGGAAAAGAUUUUUGCGGAAGGACUGCGACGGCACUUUCGUCUCGGUCAGCCGGAUCUUGAGCGUAUGUUUCCCCGAUUGCGGGAUCUGAUCGACAUCCAUCUACGAUUUCUACAAAAACUGCGGAAACGCCAGAACGCCAAUCCCGUGGUCUCUACGAUCGUCGAUAUUCUAAUCGAGCAGUUCUCAGGCGAUAACGCGCAACGCAUGAAAAGCGCAUACGGAGAAUUUUGUAGUCGUCAUCGGGAUGCCGUCGAGACAUACAAAUAUUAUUUGCGUAACGAUCCUCGCUUCGCCCGCUUCGUACGAUAUUGUCAGACGAAUCCCUUAUUGAAAAAGAAAGGUAUACCUGAAUGUAUACUUUUUGUUACUCAACGUUUGACAAAGUAUCCAUUACUGAUCGAGCCACUCAUCAAAACCAGCACUGUGCAAGACGAAGGUGAAGAUUUACGUAAAGCACUGAUCCUCGUUAAAGAGAUCUUAGCUGAUGUAGACGCCUGCGUAGCCGAUAAGGAGCGAGAAGAUAGAAAAUUAGAGAUAUACAAUAAGAUUGAUGCGAAGUCAUUCGUGACAUAUCGUGGUGCCAAAUUUAAAAAGUCGGAUAUAAUCAACAGAAUCUUGAAGUUUGAGGGCACUGCAUACUUGAUGCAAGGUCGUGGAAAAAUGAUUGCCAUCGUAGUGGUCGUUCUCUCAGACAUAUUGUUUUUCUUGGCUGAGAGGGAUCAGAAAUACGCGUUCUUCGUGCCUGACAAUAAAGCCGGUAUAGUGUCGUUACAGAAACUGUUAGUUCGCGAAAAAGCUCGUCAAGAAUCUAGUAUUUAUCUGAUAAGCAGCAAUCCGGCUGAACCUGAGAUGUUUGAACUAAAGAUUCAGAAACCAAAGGAUAAGCAAUUAUGGAUACAAGCUAUUCGAUCGGCAGUCGAAGCUUGCCCACAAGAAUCUGAGAAUGAGACUGAAGCGCUGAUGGAAAAUAGUAAUGAAUUACGGGACAUUCGUUCCUCUUCGAUCUCGUUGGCUUCUGUUGAAGAAAAGCAACGUAUCGCCAAAGCUAAGGAAUCACAUAUACUUAGAAUUGUCGACGAAUUGCGAAAAAAAGAUACCGAGCAGGCGCUGCUGUUUGAAGACAAGAUCAAUUUGCAAAUGCGACUUUUACAAGCCGCAAACAUUUGGAGCGGGAACGAGAGUGACAAUGAAAGAAUCGAGAAACUUGAGAAAGAAGGCGCCGAUUAUACUCGAUUGGUGCAUAAUGAGAGGACUGAUACCACUCAAUUAUGGCAAGAGGUAUUUGUAGCCGUACAAGAAGCGACACGUCUCGCUAGCUCAUUAUCGUUCAGCGCGGGUGGUGCUAAUUUAUCGAGAAGUUUAAGUUCUGCCGGUGAACGUCACAGUGAAGCUUACGUUCCACCGGCUCUUUGUGUGCCUCGAAGAGCCGAAACUUUCGCCGGUUUUGAUCACAAUAAGGAGAGGUAUCCGCUGCGUGAUCCAAACGCAUUGCACGCCGUAAUUCCCGUUCCGAAACUUGGCGAGUUACCGAAAGAAAAUCCCGAUGAGAAGGAAGAAUUGGAGACGAACAAGGAUCAGCAGUGGGCGGCAAUACGUUUGUCUCAUCAUGUUUAUACGUUGCUUUGUAUAAUAAGCAGUCAGAUGACGACAAUUGACAGCCUACAGGCGCAAUUGGCCGCGUGUAAGGAUGGCGGCACGGGUAAAUCGUCCAAUAAUCGUCCAAAUCCGAAUCGUCAGUUAGAAGAGCUGCGAAAUCUGCAGGAUCAGCUCUGUCGAGAGAAAGCGGCGUUUCGCGCUGCCUCUCAGCAGGAAAAAAUCCAAUUGGAGGAAGAACGGGCCGAGCUGGCCCGACAAAGAGAACAACUGGCUGCAGAACAGCGAGAUGUGACACAGCAACGAGAUCAAUUGUAUCGACGGCUCGAAGCGUUGGACCGACAGGGCAUCACGUUGGUCGGAAGUUCCACAACCGGCUCGAUUCAUCUAUCGCAUUUGACGCAAAACACUGACACGAUGCAAAGCACACGCGGCAAAGCGCAACCCGAAGCCAAACGCAUCCCCCUAAAUCUGAUUAGCGCGACAAAUCAGCAAAAAGUUCAAAGCAACUUGCCGGUCAAACAACAAUUACCGCUAAAGCUUGCUAGUGGGAGUAACAACAAUACAAGAAGUAGUAGUACCACGAGUAAUAACAGUCCAGAUCGACACUCUAGAACGGGCAGUAGUCCGGCGAUCGUCACCAGCUCUGCGUAUUCUUCGCCGGAGCUCGGAAAUAGCCAUCAUCACGGAAUCAGCAGCGGGAGUCACACGUACUCGUCGAAUCGAUCACUUCGAAUCACUCGCUCUCCGCCCGAAGUUUCGUAUGCGCAGCAACAACAACAGCAGCAACGAAGCGCAGAGCAACAAUCGCAGCAGCAACAACAGCAACCGCUGGAGGAAGAGGUGAUUUUUUUCUGACGAUUCUUCCGAUUCGGUCGCAAGCACUCAUCACGUUCGUCGCGCGCCGCUGCUGCUACUGGUGGUACAACCACGCCAACCUCCACGCCAACACCGUCGCCGCGCAGCCAGUCGCGGAACAGUCAGCCCCGAAGUCGCGUUAAGUCCUUUUGACUUUCGACAUAAACUUCUUACGGUAAUGCAGUCUAUACUUUAUCCGGUGCUUUGCGGAUACAAGCUUUUGAAAUCUCAUCGUAAUUUCUUAUCAUUUUGCGUCCUUCUUCUUUUAUUGUUUCUCGUGUUUCAUUUUUUUUCUCAUUACUUUGAUCGUCUUACGACAGCAUCUUCUACAUGCAUCUUUUUAUUUCACAUCCGUUGAGAUUAUACUUGAGUGCAAUACGAGAAUUUAUCUUACCCUCACAUCACAAUGAUACUAUCAUUAAUAAAUCCGAAUAAUUAGCCUCGGUAAAGUUGGGAGAAGAAAAAAAAAUAAUAAUUGUUACGUUCCAACUGCUACAACUGAUGGCAAUAAUAUAAUUUUUAUGUCAAAUUUCAUGAAAUUACCUUGACGAAAGAAAUAUACGUUAAGAAUAAAAUCCAAUUUCUAUUAAGAGUUAUGCAUAAUAAUCAGAAGUGCUCGUGGGAGACAAAGAGAGAGAGAAAGAAAAAAGUAUUAAUGGCCGGCGAAUAGCAAAGUAGAUCUGCCGAUCUUGUUAAAGUCUUGCUCGUUAUGUUAUUAAGCCGACUGACAAUUUUAGAAACACAAGAUUUUAGACGAAUCUUUUAAGCAAACCUGUUGCUGCUUGCUGAAAUAUGCAAGAUAGAUGAAUACAUAUAUAUAUUAUGGUUACAUAUACAUUGAAUGUGUACAUAUAUACUUUUUCAUGAGUGUGUAUGUGUAAUUGAUUAUGAAUGAAAAGACGAAUGUACGCGUGUGGUAUGUGUUUCUUUUCACACAUACACGCAUAUCUGAGUUAUCUUUGUGAAUGCACGCUGUUGUGAAUGUGAGAGAACGAUGGCUAUUCUUAUAUCAUAACUAUUAAAGUAUUUUAAUGCUAAAGCGACGUAAGAUUUAUCAUCAACGAUAAUGAAUUAUCAUCAUUACUAUUGUUACGUGUGCCAAGCUACUGUCGCAAAUCGAAAUUAAUACUGCAUUUUAUUUUUGACCAAAAUUAUUUGUUCCAGAAAUAAUUCCGUUCGUCAAGAGCACACGAUAUACACUUGGUAUUUUCUCCACUGAAAUACCGAAAUAGGAAUAUAUAUAUAAAAAAAUAGCGGGAGGAAUUCAUAUAUCUGGUAUUUCGUUUCGAGAUUAUUCACUGCCAUUAUAUUGUUAUUCUUUAUCGAGUGUUCUUUUUCUUAUAUUAUUUCUACAAAUUGUACACUAUUUAUUGUGUUGCUUAAGAUUAAUAAUUAAAGUUUCUAUACGAAACUACGUAAAAUGUGGAAACUGGGAAAGUUUGUUGUACAAGAAUCGCGUAACGAAUAUCCCAUCGUUCCGAAUUCGCAUCUUUUCGCGGAUCUUGUAAUCCCCCCUUGUCUGACAUAUUUUAUUUAUACAUGUAUCAUGCUUAUCAACGAAGAAAGUUUUUAAAUAGGAAUUUUUUAAUCAUAUAAGGUACUGUAUGUCGGAGCUGAUUUACUAUUCUGUAUGUAAAUUGCAAACGAUACGGUACGUGUAUUUAGCAUUUAUAUUAAUGAAAAUCAUCUCAUCGAAUCAAAUCAUUCUUAUCUUUCAAAUUUGAAAAGGACAAUUCUGUACGCGAAAAUUCCAUUAAUACGUAAAAUAUAUUGUUAUGAUGAUUGUCAAUAUGCAUCCGAAUUAUGGAUUCCUAUACUAUUCGGUUUACAAACGGUCAUAGUUAAAUAACGCUGUGUAAAUAUACAUUCCUUAACAGAUAAGACUGGCAUGCAAUAUGAUUGAAUUGACGAAGGCUAGAUAGAGGGUUGAUCAUUGUAAUAGAUCGACGAUAAGAAAAAAAACGACUAAUGAAUUGACCUCGUUAAGGAAAUUUAAGUAAUAAUACUAUCAACUGCUCGCGUCUCAAUCAAUCGUGUGGUGACAAUAGAUCUUAAAAGUAUUCCAUAAGAUAUGCUGAAUUACGCGAGAGAAAAGAAAAAAAAAGAGAAAAAAAGCACAUAAGAGCGAUAACUUAUUAUAUACGAAUCUAUACCUACUAUUACUUACUAUCUACUGCGAUGCCGAGCUAAAUAAAAGCUCAAACUCAGACUAUUAUUGCGAUUAGCUGUUACAGUAUCUGCCACGGGUGACUUCAUAUUGUGAGUAACAUAUAAAUUCAAAAUUGUACAACUAGUAGCAUUCACAACACUCACUAGAGAGAAAAGAAAAAAUCGGAAAAUUUCAAAUUGAUUUUCAAAACUAAAUUGAAAUGUCUGUAAUCGAUUUAAGAAAACAUUUUACACACUCGCGGUGCAAAAGCCACGAUGCGAUAAAGCGAAUCAACGAUAUCGCAUGCUAUGCAAUCAAAUUUUGUGUCUUUCGAUGUGAAAAGUGAUUAUAAAAAAAAUGAUUUAUUCUUAAUGACAUAAAUAAAUAAAUGAAUGAAGUCACAUAUGCAAUCUCCCGUGGGAUGACACGCAUUGAAGAAUCAAAUCGGCAACAGCUAAGGAUUAGCGCGACGGCCUACGCGCGCCUAUCUUGUGGCGUUUUCUAUCUUUUUUUUUCCUAGGAUAAUGUCACGCGGAUAGUGACGCACAGUUUGAAAAGAUUAUAUAUAUAUAUAUAUACACAUAUAUACACAGGGUAUUCGGAAAAUCACCCGCAGUACUUCGGAAAGUGAUUUUCUAAACCCAAAAAGAAGGAAAAAAAGCUAUAUAAAUGUAGGAAAUAAAUUACCGAGUUAUAGCCACUUUUACGUUAAAAAAAAAAUCUUAAUUUAUAA